UCUGUUCUGGUCGCUAAGCAACGCCGUGUCAACCUGCAAACCUGAAACUGCGUCUUGUGCUGGCGUGAACUGCAGCUAUAACUGCGCCAAACCAGUAGAAAAAAAACAAGAGUCGCUGCCAUCUAAAAUAAAAUAAUAAUAAUAAAAAAGGCCAAUGGGGCUCUUCGACAAGCUGGCGGGAUGGCUGGGCCUGAAGAAGAAGGAGGUGAACGUGCUUUGUUUGGGUCUGGACAACAGCGGAAAGACCACCAUCAUCAAUCAGCUGAAGCCGUCCAACGCUCAAGCACAAGACAUCGUUCCCACUAUCGGAUUUAGCAUAGAGAAGUUCAAAACGUCAAGUCUGUCGUUCACAGUGUUUGACAUGUCAGGCCAGGGCAGGUAUAGAAACCUAUGGGAGCACUAUUACAAGGAAGGACAGGCCAUCAUAUUUGUCAUUGACAGCAGUGAUAAGCUGAGAAUGGUGGUAGCCAAAGAAGAGCUUGAUACUCUCCUUAACCAUCCUGAUAUCAAGCACAGGAGGAUCCCCAUUCUGUUCUUUGCUAAUAAAAUGGAUCUAAGAGACGCUCUGUCCUCAGUGAAGGUCUCUCAGCUCCUCUGCCUGGAGAACAUCAAAGAUAAACCAUGGCAUAUCUGUGCCAGUAACGCUGUCCAGGGGGAGGGUCUGCAGGAGGGAGUCGACUGGCUGCAAGGUACAGAUUUGUCCUUUUAUUCGAGAAAAACUCGGUGUAUGUGAAUCAGCGAUGAUCCAUUUCCCCUGAAUUAACUCGAGUGUCUGGAAUGACAUUAUUAUAUUGUUGAAGCAUUCAUGUUUGUUUGUUUGUUUUGUUUCGAUCCAUAGAACAAUUUGCACUGUAAGUAUUUGAAGUUAAACGACCUUGUGGUGACGUAGCGAAGUGUUACAGCCACUUUAUAACCCAGCCUUUACAACUGAUAAGUUAUGAUACAGCCCAAAGUGAUCAAAUAUCUUUUACCGUUCUUUCUACCUUUCAUUUUAAACCGUGUUAGACUUCAGCCUUGUGUUUACAUCCUAGUCCCUGUCUUGUCAGCAUGCCCCGACGUCAUGAGUCGCCGGUUUGUAUCUGGAGUGUGUGUUGACUUCACUGCUUCCUUUCCCAAACAGAUCAGAUCCGAACCAUGAGAACAUGAAACGCUCGUAGAAUCCACCACGUCGCCCGUUCCACAUCACACCACGGACCGGACCUCCUUCACAAGGCACGCUGAGCCGUCUGUUCAGGAAGCUCAGGGUUUGGGAGUGUGAGAUGCUUUGAUUCUGUUGCAUCGCAGACUUUUUCUUUUUUUUUUCUUUUUAUGUUGUGCACUUUCAUAGCUCGUUUGUCUUGAAAAUAGCCAGCAAAUUACGGUCCAUUUCACGAGUACUCCUAGUGUGUUUAAAAGGUAACAGACGUGCACAUAAACACAUUAUUACCUCAGCUAAACGCUGGCAAAAGCUUUACAUUUUUUCAAGAAACCGAGCAAAACAGUCCACAAAUGUAUUACAAAACAUAUUUAUUACAUCUCAGAGCAGGGAAAAUUUUUACUAAGUUACUAUAAGAUGUUUAGAGACAUUUCAUUCACACGUGUGUGUAUUUUUUUUAUUUUUAUUUUUUUUGGGUGUAGCACUGUAAAGAACUUUCCAGGAGGUUUUGCGGAUGUGUAUGUGACAUGUAACGCUGGUCCUAUAAUAAGACAUUCCAAAUUGUAUUAUUUUUUUAAAUCAUUGCUUUACUUAGUUUUAUAAUUCCAAGCACUAACUGAAGGAUUAUUUUCAAUGUCAUGCAUAUAAACUCUGCUGCCCUUUAACACGCUUUAAAAAAAAUGUAGUUUUCUACUCGUUUUCUGUCUCAAAUCUGGCUUAGACUGUGACUCGAAGAGUAAACGGUCUGUAAGUAACGAGGAUUUGAAAAGGAUAUGAAAGUUGACAGUCGCCUGGUAUACCGCAGAGGUUAAUAGUACAUUAGUUGGCAGUUAUAUUUAUAUUUAUUUUCAGUAUAAACCUACCAAUUAAGCCACUUGACAUGUCUACACUUACAGAGCAGAUAUUAUUUGGAUGGUGCAUCAUUUGCAGCAGUAAUAUCUGACCCUGAGCUUCUAGGUGCACCGUUUGCAGUGCGUGUUAAUUGUCUUUUAUACCACAGCGCUGUUGAAAUCUCAAAUCUGAUUCGCCGGAACGCGUCGAUUGAUUUGCUUUAUACCACAGCGCGGUUGCAUUCUCGCAUCUGAUCGGUCAGACGGUGUGCAUUAUUUUUGUAUAUCAGCAGCUCGGACAGUAGUUCCGUCUGUAACACGAACAAUAGGUUGAUAUCAAUGCGCUUGUCCUAAUACGUUUCCAUAGUAACAGCGCGCACAUAAUCUAAGACUAAUAAUAAGUUUGAAGAAGAAAAAAAAACAUGUUUAAUAAAAUAAAAUGCAUAAUCAUUGAUGUGGUGAUGUCUUUGUGUUAGGAAACAUUUAUUGAACAUGCCGUUGCGCAUUGUGCCACAUCACGUGUGUUACCCCGUACACAGGUUGUUACUGCAGCUGGAACCGCUCACACACAAGGACUUGUACAGCGGACGCGCCGCAUAAUCUAAAUAAUAAUCGGACUAAAAAAACGUGUUUGUUAUUUAACAAAGAAAAACAUCAACGUUUUCUGUAUGGAGACAUUUACGGAAGGAGUCUCCAGUGUAAGUGAGGCUUCAGGACAGAGGAGUUCAGUUCUGUAACAUAAACUGUGUUUUUUUUAUUAUUAUUAUUAUCUUAUAAACUUCAAAAGUGAGGGGGAAAAAGGUAGGUUGGUGAGGGAGAAUCAGGUAUCGGGAAUAAAACACGUCAGAUUAUUAAAAACUAAAGUACUUUACUGUAAUAUACAGACAGUGUAAAAAAAAAUAAAAAUUGCACCUACAUGUCCAAGUCUCAAGGAUGAACACUUGUAAUGGAAAUAAGGCAUACUGUAAAAGGGUGUGGUCUUCAGUUAAUCUAUAAACAAAUGAAGGCCGUAGCGUGACCCAGGUCAGUGGGGUGAUCAGUGAGUGUAAUAGAGUAGAACAGCUGCAGUGGGACGACUGACCUGUAGCUUCAGUCAUCGCUAAUCAAAUCCGUUCCAUUACGACCUCCAUGGCACCAUGAACACGGUCUAAUCAGCAGCCCAGCUGCCUCUUAUGGAGUUAGCACAGAAGAAGAGGCUUCUCUCAGGCCAAAUGACAGAUAUUGCUCUACAUUGCGCCUGAGAAAUGGAUUUAGUUUUCAGACACUGUGCAGUUUUCCAGCCAUAAUUCCAUAAUUCUGUGCUGUGUGUAAGAUUUCUACAUGAAAGCUUCAAAGAUUUUUAUAUAGGAGCUUUGUGAAUUAGUUAAAUAAAAAUAAAACUGUCAAAAUAGCUAAUGGAGCCAUAAACACAUCAGACAGCCAAGGUGCAUUUGCACGUUUGUUAAGUAAGGAAUGAAACACUUGGGAACAUAGGAAAAUCAAUCAGUGACCAAAGAGUUGUGUUAUAUUCCUCUUACGGUAUACCACAGCAUCCAGUCCAUACAGGAUUUAGCAGUUGUUGUUUUUUUGUGAUUGUUGUGAGCAAAAAUGCUUGAUUUUGCUUUGGCUUUUUUCAAAAUUUGCACUGAGUUUUUUUGUGGGUAUUUUUUUUUUUAUUUUUUUUGCAGAAAACUGCUCGUUUGCACGAAAUAGUUUCACGCGGUCUUUCGCAAGUGAUGUUUGUUGGUAAACGAGACCUUUUAGCUGUACUCGUGUUUGACGGAAUCGAAGAGGGCUUUUGGCUGAGUGCCAAGUGUGUUGCGAUGACGUCACAUGGCGCGUCUUGGCGAAAAUCUGGGGCAGUUUUGUCAAAUUGAAAGCUCCUCCGAAUACCGCCGCAUUUUCCUUGAUGUUUCGUUCAUUUCUGCGAUCAGUCGUUCCCUCACCAGACUCUUAUUCUUUCUCUAGAUGUUACACAGUAAACCUGGCAUGUCACAGAGAAACUAUAAGGCACACUGUCCUCUUACUGACUGUUACAAAGUGCUAACACUGGAGACUCCUUCCACAAAUGUUAAAAACAUGUCUCCUUACAUAAAGCAAGCUAAAUAACAGUUAAAUAGCUAAAUAAAGUAGUUAAAUAACAAAACUACUGUCAGAUCUGCCGUUAUAGAAAAUGACCUCCUUCUAAGCAGUCAGUUUUGAGAAUUCAACAUUGCAUUGUUCGAUAAAUUCUGAGCUCAGGUGAAUAAAAUGUAUAUAAUGCUUGUUCCAGGCUCAAAGAUUGAAGUGAUGUUCAAUGUUAUAAUGUUCAAUUUGGGCUAAGAGCAAUGUACGGCCUCCCCUUGUUAUAAAUUUACAUUAUUAAAAGUGGAUUCGUGACCAGGACUCAAACGUGAAAACA